AUGUUAACACGAGCCGGAAAGAGAAAGACGACGACGACGAAUGACCUGUUGCCGACGCCGGAACGGACCCCAAAUCCUUCACUUCCUCAUGACCUAAUUUUGAGCAUCAUAGCACGUGUGCCGAGAUCGUAUUACCCAUAUCUCUCCCUCGUCUCCAGGAGUUUUCAAUCUCUCCUUGCCUCACCGGAGCUAUACGAGACCCGAUCCCUCCUACAGCGCACGGAGAGUUGUCUCUAUGUGUGUUUACAGUUCCCUACUGACCCUAACCCUUACUGGUUCACUCUUUGCCGAUCGUCAUGUCUCGUGUCGCUUGGUUCAAACAUCUACAAGAUCGGAGGACACAUCAACCAAGAGAAUCUGCCUUUCCGUUCAACUAACGUCUCGAUCCUAGACUGUCGGUCUCACACGUGGCAUAAGGCUCCAAGCUUGCUUGUGGAGAGGUGUUUACCUAUUGCUAGAGCAGUUGAUGGAAAGAUUUAUGUAGUAGGAGGCAAUGAAGAUAAUGGUUUAGAGUCUUGGGACCAUAUCGAGUUGUUCAACCCACAGACACAAACUUGGCACCACGUGCCCAAACAUAACUUGACGGUACAUUGGGGUAUUUUCCACAAGGUCGCAUGUGUUGAAGGUAAGUUCCACUUGAUGAUUGGGGAGAAGUGUGUAGCUUACAAUGAAAAGGAAAGUAGAUGGGACGUGGUUGAAGGAAAAAUGCUUGAGCAUUGUAUUAGGUCUCUUACUCAGGUUGUGUCUUAUUGCACGGUAGAGAAUGUUUUGUACCGUUAUUAUUGUUAUCAGGUGGGAGAGUUUAGAUGGUAUGACACUAAGAAGAGAUUGUGGAAGAAGGUGAAAGGUAUGGUAGGGCUACCAAAGCUUGAUAAUCGUUGCUGUAUUAGAUUGGCUGAUUAUGGUGGGAAAAUGGCGGUUUUGUGGGACAAGGAUUCAAGUUCUUGUGGCGUUAAGGAGAAGACGCUCUGGUGCAUGGAGAUUGCGCUUGAAAAGCGCGGUGGAGAUGAGAUUUGGGGGACGGUUGAGUGGAAGGAUGGUGUGCUUCCAGUCCCUGUUGAGAGAUAUCAAUUUGUGAAGGUUCUUGCUGUUACUCUUUGA